AUGUGGCUGCGAAGCAUUAUUGUAAUACUCACAGUAUUGCUAGUGAGACGGCUGCAGGCUUUGAUUUAUCCGAGUUCGACCACUUUAAGUCUUAUCCACUCCGUUUCAUAUCCUAUUGUCGAGUAUCUGCCCGAGCGUAGCAUACUCAUAGAUUGGUGCUUUCAAAUGGCCUACACUCUACCCAGUAAUGUUUCGGCUUUUUAUAACAUACCAAUUUGGCCUGGCUUCCAAAAUCCAAAAUCACGCAGUGUACGUGAAAGCGAAAACCCUGAAGUACAACAGCAUAUGCAGUGGUUAGAGAAAUAUAAUCGCGCAACCGGUGAAAACCAGCAUCCAAUGGAUUUGACGGCUGGUGAGCUUUACCGUGGCAUUGAAGAUUAUUUUUCCAGCUUUGGUCUACACGAGACCUGUCUUCUACGCAGCGUUUGUGAGUUGGCUCAACAUCCCUUCGAUGACAAAUACCACACUAUAAUUACCGAGUUACUGACAUUUAUAUUGACACCAUCUCUGCAUCAAGGCUUCGCUAAACACGAGAAAACGUACCAAGAAGCCUACGAAGCAGCUGAACUACAUGGUUUUCUGGGGGAAAAUUGCACUGCUUUAUAUGCUGAUUGUAAAAGAGAUAUAUUAAGUGUAGUAACCAAACUUAUAUUAAUAAAUGAUUGA